AUACACUUAUGCAGUGACCUACUAACACAGAUCCAUGAGUCAGGAGCCACCUUCAGAGGAAAAACCAGACCAGGAGAGGACCGAGCAUCGGAUCCGCAACUUGUAGGAUUUUCAUCGAGUUUUCUACCUGCUGAUCUCACCUGAUGGAACACCUGGACCAGGAGCCCUGAGCCGGAUCCCGACGGGGACCGAGUCGUCCACCCAGGUGCUGAAAAGAUUUCCUUGACACCUCUGGAUUUAAUCCGGCUGCUGCGUCCAAGCAUCAUGGUGACCAGUUAAAGCCGUCUGAGCACCCUGAACGCAGCUUACCUUUAUAAUAUGCAAUCAAUCAAGCAGGAGGUGGACUCCAGCGGGUCCUACAGCGGGGAGGACGCCUUAGUCCUGGCUGUGGCCUUGCAAGAUGCCAACAGAGAUCUGAUGGGCCACAAGAUCUCAGGGAUGCCCUUCAAGACUAAGACGAGCUGUCGGAGGAAGAGGGAGUUCAUCCCGGAGGAGAAGAAGGACAACGUGUACUGGGAGAGACGGAGGAAGAACAACGAGGCGGCCAAACGCUCCCGAGAGAAGAGACGUAUAAACGACAUAGUGCUGGAGAACAAGCUCAUGGAGCUCGGAGAGGAGAACACGUCCCUGAAGGCCGAGUUGCUGUCGCUGAAGCUGAAGUUCGGCCUCAUGAGCUCGGCAGCGUACGCACAAGAAGUCCAGAAGCUGUCCACUUCUGUCAGCCUCUACCAGGAUUUCGGUCCUCCGAGCCCCGCAGAAGGUCCCAGCAGGGAGUCCGAGACAGUUCACGUCCGCAGCAGCUGCAUAUCUGUCAUCAAGCACUCACCUCACACCCCUGAGACUCAGGGCAGCUUCAGGACCGCACAGGUGAAGCAGGAACCAGCAGAGACCAGCAGCUACGUGCAGGAGAGGAGCAGUCCGUAUGAGCUCUACAAGAAGUUCAUCUCCAGCCCUCUCUCCGGGGUCUUCUCACAGCCAGCCUCCUUCCUGCAGAUCACCAGAUCGUCCAGCAACUCCCCUCGGAGCUCAGAGGACGGCGCCGUGAGUAAGUCCUCAGACGGCGAAGAUGAGCAGCAGGUUCCCAAAGGUUUGACGCCGUCUGUAGCCGACCCCAGAAGCGUCAUCGUCUCCACCCACAGAGUACCAGAAACCGGUUCUUCAGCUUUGCCCCACAAACUCCGAAUCAAGGCCAGAACCGUCCAAAUCAAAGUGGAGGCCGUCGACCCCGAGUACGAGUCUCCAGGAAAACCCUCGACUCCUCACAGGGUCUCAGUGGGAGGGAGCUUCCCGACCCCUCAGGACUCCUCAGGGUUCCCCCAGUCCUCCUCGUGUCCUCUAUCCUUACAGGUCUCCGAUAUGCAGGACUGGACCCAGAGGACCGAGCAGUGGCACAAACCCAGCACAGAGACUCUGCAGAAAGGUAGCAGGCCGACCUCCAGUCUAAACAAACCCGCCACAGACCCAUCCUGUGCUCUCACGGAGGACUGGUACCUGAAACAGGGACUACCGGACCUGUCUGCACAGGUGGGCACUCUGAAAAGACUGAUCACAGCACAGCCGGGCUCCGUGAUAGAGUCCACUAAACACAGCGCCCUGCACCACGAGUCAGCGUCUGAAGAAAGCUUCUCUGAAUGACGUUUGUAUGUUUUGUACUUUCACUGUAUUUGCUGUUGCACUGUGUGGUUCGUGUUCGGGUUAAACCAUGUUUUCAUCACCACACAUUAAAAAUAAAACCUGAUUAGAGGAAGAGAGAGUCUCAGAUAGAAGUACACAAGGAUUUAAAGAGGUGUGUAAAACCACAGUCACAGGGCAAUCAUUUUUCUCUGACGUCAGAUGAUGUUUUCAUGUUGAACUGCUGGCUCACAGAUCAUUUAAACACUUAUUCUUUAUAUAAUGUUUUGUAUUUAAAUUUGUUGGUAUAAAUGAUUUCCCAAUCUGCUCCAGAGACCUGAGUUAAUCUUCUAAAGAUUGUUAAAGUUGUUCAGGCUCUCGUUACGCUAUCACAAAACAGCCUUUAAUUUAACCUUUUACAUUAAAAAAUUAGAUAAAAAUAUUAGAAAAACAGAUCAGCAAAAACUGUAUUUGCACGAGGCUGUAAACAUGCUGUAACAUUUUAACAUGAGGCUCUAUGGGGAUCGGCCCACUUGUGGACAGCCUCUAGUGGACACUUUAGGAACUGCAGGUUGCCGCUUGUUGCUGAUGUUUAGCUGAUGAAUUCGGCCUGAUCUCUCACUGGAUUUUAAUUAUACAUCGUCUUUUGUCACUGAACAAUCAAAAAGUGAUGAUGUGAAAACUGUUUGACUGAUUUCCGACAUUUUAGCUUAAAAUCAAAAAUGUUUGCAGAUUUAAAGCUCCUGUGAGGAGUUUUUAACUGGUUGUGAACCAGACAGAAAUUAAUUUCAGUAACUCUACUGAACCUACAAAUGCAGAUUACACCAUCAGAAUAUAGUCUAGUUACUUCCUUAAACUUAUUUUGAAUAUCUGAAACAGCUGGUGGGGGUAGGAGUCAGACUCCUUUAUAACAAUUUCCUCCACAAAGAAUCUCCAUUUUUAUUUUUAAAGACAACAAGAUGAGGUCUUCAUUGUGCUGGAAGUCACAGCCAACACAUUUUGAAAUAUAAUAUAUCAAGGAUAUAAGAGGAGCCACUUUGGGACAGGGUCUAUCAAAAGUCCCUCACCGGAGCUUUAAUUGUCUCACCUUCACAGUGACGUCAGAGGAAGAUGGCCUUCAGUUUCUCCAACAUUAACUUUGUCUUUCACUUGUUGCAGUCACCCAGUCACUCCAUUCACUUCUACCAUGUUGCUUCUUUGGCUGCUGUUCAUUCACGGUCGACUAAAAAUACAACUUCCUGAAGGUUUUCACAAUAAAAGCCCAGCAGGACUUUUAAGGAUUAUGUCCCUUAAGGAGGCCUUGAGUGAUAGUUUUAUUGACAGCAGCUUCAUGAGGGUGGAAAAGGCAAAGUUAGAGGAAGUGUAAUAAACUGGUUGAUGUUAAAUGUUUCAGGAAUAUGAAACGCUCGCUCUUAUUGGUCAGGCUGGUGCUGAAAGGUUCGUCCACGUUUAAAAUGUAAACAUAAAAACAACUCAAGCGAGGAGACACGGCUCAAUCACACCAGGUUAAUAAGAAUGAAGGCUUGUCUCAUAUUUACCUUUUAAUAAAUGUGUGUUUAUCACACUUGAGGAGCCUGAAUCAAGGAUUUCAGGGUGUUAUUUAAGAGUUCAUCACACAGCUAUCAGUUGUAGAAGGUUAUGGGCUGAGCUUAUACCUGUCCCUCACCAGCUGUCUCUUAGCUCAGCUCUGAUCAGGUUUAUGAAUAAAUGUUCAUCCGAGCUUUGCAGCUAAAGGCCGUUUAUGCCUUAAAACUGAAAUCUGUCAUGUUUAUUGUCGGUGGAGACGCAGAUCUCUCUCUGCUUUAGAGGAAUGAUCAGCUGCGUUUUAGUUCAUGUUUUUUUUUGUACAUGGCCAAUUUUUCAUAUAAUUUCUUUAAAAGUUUCCUGGAAGGAGCGAUGAAGUUUGGUGGAAUAAUGUAACAAACAGAUGCUUAACUUUUAUUAUUUAUUUUAUAAUAACUCACAACGCCUGUGCACAAGUUUCCCUUUAAAGUGAUAUUUUGUUGGUGUUUAUAAAUAUAUUAAAGAAUCACCCUUUUCCAAAAAGGCAUCAAAGAGUUCCUGACUUUAGCCGCUCUGAUGAAACUUCUAGUUCACUGUUUGCAGGAAAAGUAGAGAUGCACAGAGAAAUCACUCUCUGGAAGACCUUUAAUAGGAAAUUAUUUAAAGUUAGCAGCUGAUGCAUCAUAAACAUCCUAAUGCAGGUCAGCUGAGCAUGCACAGAUAUGUCAUCUGUCUGCAGAACAUUAGAUUUAAGACAAAUAAGCUUUUGCAUCAGAACCAUUGAGAUUCAAAGAUCCUUCAGGAAACUUUUAAGAUAACUUUAAAUGAUUUUAUUCUGCUCUCUCUGGUUUAUCAUUUAAAGCUUCAGACCUCCAUCCCUGCAGCUUUGUUGUGUUCAGGUUCAUUCUGAUGAUUCUGUCUCUAUGUGUCAGACAGAAGCGAGCUGAAACCUCCACAGACGCUGAGCUCCUCAUUCUUCCUCCGUCGUCUCUGCUCGAUCUCAAACAGGCAGAGACUUCUUCUUUGUGUGUUUUGCUUUUAGAGACGCUCUGCCUCCUUCACAGGCUCACUGUCCGCUGAUUAGACCUCGCUUCACUUUAUUUUAUUUUGUGGAUUUUUAAACUUUCAGGUUUAACCGAGAAUGUUGGAUGUUGGUUUUUGGGAUUGUGAGAAGCAUUCGAUGGAGCUGACGCAGUCUGACCUUCAGAGUUGAACCUUCACAGCUUUUGUAAAUGUAACAUUUAAUGUGAAAGGGGUUUCAUUACACAGCUUUUUCAUAGGAGUGUGCAUUUGAUGCUGAGGAUGAUAAGGAUGGUGAUGGUGGUGAUAACUCCAUGUGCAGCAGCCUGAAGUUUGGGUUUCUGUAUCUGAACACUUUUCUGAACUUUGUUGUAAUGGUGAGUUUUUGUUUACAAUAAAUGUCUUGUCACUGAA